UUAGCUGAAUGUAUAUCGAUGCAGAGUUAUUAGGAAUUAAGAGAGUCAUCAUGGGGUGCUGUUUGUUGAUCAGUGGUUUGAUAUUGUGGUUUGCCAUGGGUAAUCACAAUGGACUAUUAGCCAUAAUGGAUGAGGAAUUAAUAAUUAAUUCAAGUUCCUCAGCUAAUUAUGACUAUGCAGAUGCUCUUGGUAAAGCCAUAUUGUUUUUUGAAGGACAGCGUUCAGGGAAAUUGCCUAAAGAUCAAAGAGUCAAGUGGAGGGGAGACUCAGCUCUCUCUGAUGGCAAGCCUCAAAAUGUGGAUUUGGUUGGAGGAUACUAUGAUGCUGGUGAUAAUGUGAAGUUUGGAUGGCCAAUGUCAUUUACAGUUAGUUUAUUGAGUUGGGCUGCUGUUGAAUAUGAAAGUGAGAUUUCUUCAGUGAACCAGCUUGGUUACCUUCAUAGUGCUAUUCGUUGGGGUGCAGAUUUCAUAUUUCAAUCUCAUACUUCCCCAACCACACUCUUUACACAGGUGGGAGAUGGAAACGCGGAUCAUCAAUGUUGGGAGCGACCAGAAGACAUGGAUACACCGAGAACAGUUUAUAAGAUUGAUGCUAAUUCCCCUGGAACUGAGGCUGCAGCUGAGGCUGCUGCUGCUCUUUCUGCUGCUUCAAUUGUCUUCAAAAAAACAGACGUCAAUUAUUCUUCAAAAUUAUUAAAACAGUCAAAAUCUUUGUUUGAUUUUGCUGACAAGUAUAGAGGAUCUUACUCGGCUUCUUGUCCAUUCUAUUGUUCCUACUCUGGCUAUCAGGAUGAACUGUUAUGGGCUGCUUCUUGGCUAUACAAAGCUAGUGGAGAAAGCAAGUACUUGAAGUACAUCAUAGACAACCAAGGUUGGAGCCAAACAGGGUCUGAGUUCAGCUGGGAUAACAAAUUUGUUGGAGCUCAAACAUUACUAACACAGGAAUUUUAUGAUGGGAAGAAGGAAUUAUCCAAGAUUCAGAGUGAUGCUGAGUCAUUUAUAUGUGGAUUGAUGCCAGGAAGUAGCUCUGUACAGAUUAAAACAACUCCUGGUGGGCUUUUGUAUACUAGAGAUAGUAGUAAUUUGCAAUAUACCACAACUUCAACCAUGGUGCUAUUCAUUUUCUCCAAAAUUCUAAACAAAAAUCAUAUUGAUGGAAUCCAUUGUGGCUCUUCUCAUUUCUCCCCCUCUGAAAUUAGUGCCUUUGCAAAAUCACAGGUGGACUACAUUCUAGGAAAGAAUCCUAUGAAGAUGUCAUACAUGGUAGGAUAUGGGAGUAAAUACCCAAAACAAUUACACCACAGAGGUUCUUCCAUCCCUUCAAUCAAAGUUCACCCAACCAAAGUGGGUUGCAAUGAUGGUCACUCAGAUUAUUUCUCUUCCUCUAAUCCAAAUCCAAAUAUUCAUGUGGGUGCUAUUGUAGGAGGCCCUGAUUCUAAUGACCAAUUCAGUGAUGCAAGAUCUGAUUACUCUCACUCUGAGCCUACCACUUAUAUGAAUGCUGCUUUUAUAGGUUCUGUUGCAGCUUUGCUUGGUGAAACUAAUAUUAGGACUCUGCAAUUUUCCCAAAUUGGUCGUAUGAAGGCUAAGGAAACUAAUUAGUGCUACGAAAUUAUGUUAAGCUAGCUGAUGCUUAUAAUUUAUCUAGUUAUAUAAUUUGUAUGGAACAUUAGGUUCAUACUUCAAAUGAUUGUACCAGUGUCUUUAUGAAUUAAAAUCUCACUUCUAUGAGGAGUUAUUACCUGUUAUUAUUAUAUAAUAAUGGAAUCAUAAUUGUCGUUUUCUUUUA